GGCAAUGGAAGAAGAGGCUAGUCACAUCCCGAUUUCACUCAUUUUGACAUUGUUGCGAGGAAUUUAAAUGCAAGAAGACGAAAACGAGUUGUGAGUCCCGAACUUGACCGGACAAUGGAAGUAGCUCUCUGCAGCAGUUCCAACUCACCCCUGGGAGUCAACUACCGAGACACAGAGAGUACCUGCAGAAAAACAUCAGUCAGCACCUCAGGGGUAACUACAACUACGUGUGGCUUGAAAGCAACACCUCUGUUUUUGGGAUGCAUAUAAGAGAAAGCGUAAAGAAAAAAAACACUGACUACGUAUGUAUAUAUUUCGUGUAACAACUGUGGAAUUCCGCCACUGUUCUAUGCGUAAGGGAUAUACAACCACGUAGUUAAACCUCUCCUGAGAUUGAGACAUUCAUUGAGACGCAGAGCACAUACAUUCUCACAUUUAUCACUGAAGGAGGCAAUGUUCAAAUUCACAAAUUCCCCUUGUAACACAACCCUAAUUGCCGCUUAGGAUCGCAAAGAAUAAACGUCGGAAAUAUCUGUGGUAUCGUAGCCUAACGUGCUGUACCAUCAAAGCAACAAUAACCUGGGCUGAGUGAAAUCCCGCAAACCGGGUCUGCUGCUGUCCGUGGUCCUGAAAAAAUACUCAUUAUUUGGGUUAUCCGAAUCAGUAACGGCGGUCUAAGAAGACGGUUUCAUGGCCUGGGCGGUUAUGAAAAUCUUGUGGUUUUCUUGUGACUCUGGAAUCUGAAAUAAAAGCAACAGAAGAAUUGCCUACCUACCUUGGAGGUCCGAAAUCAUUCAAGGAAUUGGAAUUCUACUCCUAUUGGUGCUCCUGGAGCUGUAGGUAGCCCGAAUGAGACCGGCAAAAAUGUAUCGAAUAAACGCUCUCGGGAUCUAUUUGUGGGAAACAAUAGUAUUUUUCAGCUUGGCAGCCUCUAAAGAAGCCGCGGCUCGAAAAGCCGCCUCCCCGAUGCCUCCCUCUGAGUUCCUGGACAAACUCAUGGGCAAAGUUUCGGGUUACGAUGCAAGAAUCAGACCUAAUUUCAAAGUUGCAGGGGUCCCCCCGAGUGGAAGAGACCCACAAGGCCCCAAAACAGAAGCUUCUCACAAGAAAGGUCCCCCUGUAAACGUAACGUGCAACAUUUUUAUUAACAGUUUUGGGUCCAUCGCUGAAACAACAAUGGACUACAGAGUAAAUAUCUUCCUGAGGCAACAAUGGAACGACCCCAGGCUGGCCUAUAGUGAAUACCCCGACGACUCUCUCGACCUGGACCCGUCUAUGUUGGACUCUAUCUGGAAACCUGAUUUGUUCUUCGCCAACGAAAAAGGCGCCAAUUUCCAUGAGGUUACGACUGACAACAAACUACUAAGGAUUUCAAAAAAUGGGAACGUAUUGUAUAGUAUUCGAAUAACACUGGUCCUGGCCUGUCCCAUGGACUUGAAGAACUUCCCAAUGGACGUACAGACCUGUAUCAUGCAGCUGGAGAGUUUCGGCUAUACGAUGAAUGAUCUCAUAUUUGAGUGGGAUGAGAAGGGAGCCGUGCAGGUCGCAGAUGGGCUGACGUUACCUCAGUUUAUACUGAAAGAGGAGAAAGACCUGCGAUACUGUACCAAGCACUACAACACAGGAAAGUUCACUUGUAUCGAGGCUCGUUUCCAUCUGGAGAGGCAGAUGGGCUAUUACCUGAUUCAGAUGUACAUCCCCAGCCUUCUGAUUGUCAUUUUGUCCUGGGUGUCCUUCUGGAUCAACAUGGACGCUGCACCUGCCAGAGUGGGACUGGGCAUUACCACCGUGCUCACUAUGACCACCCAGAGCUCCGGCUCCCGAGCCUCCCUCCCCAAGGUGUCGUAUGUGAAAGCCAUUGACAUCUGGAUGGCCGUGUGCCUCCUGUUUGUCUUCUCGGCCCUGCUUGAGUACGCUGCUGUGAACUUCAUCGCUCGGCAACACAAGGAACUGCUGCGCUUCAGGAGAAGGAGGCGACACAUGAAGGAGGAUGAGGGCGGUGAGGGCCGGUUCAGCUUCACCGCCUAUGGCAUGGGCCCUGCCUGCCUGCAGGCCAAAGACGGCAUGGCCAUCAAAGGGAACAACAACAACGCCCCGACCGCCACUGCCGGCCCUCAGGAGAAAACGGUGGAAGAGAUGCGCAAGCUCUUCAUCGGCCGCGCGAAGAGGAUCGACACGGUCUCUCGCGUGGCUUUCCCGCUAGUCUUCCUCAUUUUUAAUAUUUUCUACUGGCUCGUAUACAAGAUCAUCCGAAGCACGGAUGUACACCAGAUGACGUAAGCAAGGGAAGAGAGAGAGUUCAAUACCACACCAUCCUGCUCCCAAACCCCAAUACUCCUCGCUCUUCACUUGCUCACUUGCUUUUGGUGGCUAUCGCCUUGGCAAAGGUUAUUUAUCAAUAUUUGUUCUUUUCUUUUCUUUCCCUCCCUCUUUUCUCCCUAAUAAUCCGGACCAAUGCAAAUAGCAAUGCAGUAAAAUGCAUGAUAUAUGAAUGUGGCAAAAUAUUUACAAAAUCAGUAAAUAUUACGACUUUUACCGAUACAUCCAAGAACUUUGGAAUUUAUGAUAACUGAGAAUUUUAAAAAAAGGAAGAGCGAGAGAUUCUCUUCUAAGAAGUGUUCGUUUUUUUUCGCAACUCGAAGAAGACAAAUACUGCAUUAUAAAGAAGGAGAAUUUGGUGAAACAUACAGCACUGUAAUAUAGUAUAUAUCUAUCAUACAUUUAAAAAACGGUUAUUUCUUCGAAAGGCAGGCAGGCGUCUGGAUGGAACACGAGGGAUGGAUUUUUAAAAGGAUUCUAAGAUUGUUCUAAGAUGAUUUAGUGAUUCCAUGAAUGAAGUGAUGCAAGGAUCAUAUGUCCUAUAUAUCUCAAUUAGCUUCAAUGUGUGUUGCAAGCACUUGUCAAACGCUCCCUGAGCCCUCAACAGAAACUGAGAGGUGGUUGAUGCUGCUAUCAACUAUAUGAAGGAAACUUGAUGAGUCAAAAUACUAUUCUAUUGUUUCUCACCGCUGUGGUCAACGUGUUCCUCUGUCUGCCCUUAACUUCAUUUUCUUAAUUGCAUAUCGUUUUUUUAAUUAGCGUGCUCAGUAUACAUCAUGUUGCUGUAAUCAGCUCAAGCUCUUCUUGGGAACUCUAAAGUCGAAUUCUAAAGGGACAUUUGCCAUCAUUCACAUAUCGUCAUUGUUGCAUUUCUUAAUUUAUUUAUGCAUGUGCUAUUUUAAGGAUUUGGUACUUCAAUCAAAAUAUGAUUAAUUAAGAGUAAAUCUGGAGUGGACAAGCAUUACAAAAAUCCUGAUUCUUCCUCCUCAUUUCAUUGAAGCUAUACUGUUAACAUUUGUUUAGUUCUUUUCGUAGCUCAUUGUUCAUUACCCAGGUACAGUAAGAUACCUGGCAGGUCGAUGGAGGAAAAAUGUAGUGAGUUAAGAUUUAACAAGAAAACACCUACUGUCCCUUAAACAAUUAUUACCAUUGAUGCAUAUACCCACAUGAAUAAUGUAGCUUUAAAAAAAAUGUGUUAUUAUAAUAAUUUACAAAAUAUGCCUAAAGAUAUUCACUCAAAAAUCAUGGAAAAAAGUUUGCUACUUUAACAGCAAUGAUUAACACAAUGUUCUCAUUGGUGUACCAUACAGUACAUUUUAUAGUUCACACAACUACACGAUUCUGUGUAACUGAUUCAUUUAUUCAAGAGGCUUGAUUUAAGAUACUGAAAUCCAUUACUUCUCACCAAGCUUUUCUAUGCAAUAAUUAAUAUAUGCAAUAAUUUUUUAUUAGCUUUACCAUUUACAAAACAUUAUCAUGAAUUGGUUUGAACUUGUGUGACAUCAAGGCUUUUAAUCUCAGAUAUUACAAAUCACAGUGCUCAUAUUUCCAAUGGUGGACAUACAUACAUACAUACAUACAUACAUACAUACAUACAUACAUACAUACAUACAUACAUACAUACAUACAUACAUACAUACAUACAUACACACACAUACAUACACACACACACACACACACACACACACACACACACACACACACACACACACACACACACACACAUACAUACAUACAUACAUACAUACAUACAUACAUACAUACAUACAUACAUACAUACAUACAUACAUACAUACAUACAUACAUACACAAGGCCUUCAUAUCUACAUCCCCAAGCAUAAUGUAAACUAUUCACCCUCCUCCUAGGCCCAUCAUUCUAAACACAAUCACAUUCAACUACAAGCAGGCCAAGCUACAGUGGCUUUUCAUAUUGCAUAUUUAAGACUCUCUGCUCUCUGUAGCCCCACCUCUGGGACAUUGUUUAGCUAGCCUAAAGUGCUGUCACCAAGCCCCAGAAAUAAAGACUACACUACUGCUACCACAGGAAAUAUGGCCUGCGACACAUUGUCAUGGAUGGGAGAUGGGAGACUCGGACACAGUGGAAAUAAACACUGGUCAAGUGAGUUUUUUUUUUACAUUUAACUUCAUUGCCAAAUGUUAUUUUCCUCUAUUUUAUUCCAAACCAAAUAAGUAUUUUGUUAACCUAUGAUCAUUGCCUUCCUGGUUCGGUUUUGAAUAUGACGACAUAAGGGGAAAGAUGCCAGAACACCUUUGCAAACAAUAUUAUGCACUGGUUCAGGAUAUUGUUUAGGUUUUGUUGUCGUAACUUAGAUUGAUUCAGUUCUUUCCAUUGACUUCCCAGUGUGUGGAUAAAGUGCUUCCAUUUAUUUUUGUGGUAAUAUGAUGCUAUUCAAUUAACAAUAUUAUAUAUUUUGAUAUGAAAUGUUUUCUCUGCUUCUUCAUCCCUGUUUUCUUCUUCUUCUUGAAAAGUGUAAUCCAUUACUUUUUUAACAUGUCAUAGAUGUUUCGAAUGUGUUAAUGACAGUUUGAGGUGGUUUGAUGUUUAAGGCUUGAUGGACUUGCACAAGAGAUUAGAACCAUAUUUAAAAUUUCGGUCAACUAUUUCUUAAAAUGUAUAUUAUCUUCCAGUAAUUCAUACCUUCGAGUUGAGGCAGUAUUUGUCAAAAACGUAUUGAUGUGUGUUUUCACAGACACGGUCGAUGGGGUAAAUUGAUUUGAAGGGCUAUCCUUUUCUAUUCGUUUUAUUUUAUCCCAGCAAAUUAACUUUCAACAUGUAUAACAUUAUGCUUUACCCAAAACUAUGCAUUUAUAAAAGUUCAUUGCUUAAAAGGGGUUAAAAGGUUUUGGUAAAACAUCAGCACAGUAAUCAUAUGUUUUGAAAGUGACAAAAGAUUUGAUAGUUAUUCGUUUGGCCACAAUAUUUUAGCACAGAUUUUGACCAUGAAUCUUUCCUCAGUUUUGACUUCCUCAGACAAAACUAUCCAUUAAAUAAAAUGUUAUCCAGUGUUGAAUAUGCAACAAACUAGCAACUAAUCAUAUCAUGUACCUCCACUCAACCACCAUGAUAUUCACUCAUCCAUUCAAUAGUAAUAGAUUGAACUCUAUGCCCUGACCAUGUGAAGGAUCACUGCACUUGAGACAAUGCUAUAUGGAUUUAUUGUAACCAAUUGCUUAAUAAGGUGCAUUAUUACUUGCGCCCUGUCCAGGGCGUGUACUUGUACAUCAAGCUGCCUCAUGCUACAGAAACAGGAGAUAGGCUCCAGGGUUGGGGUCAAUUCCUAUUUAAAUUGAAUUUUAAUUCAAUUGAGGAUUGUCCUGGAAUUUGAAUUGAAUACAUGGGACAUGAAUAGGAAGAAGGAAUUGAAUUGUAAUUGAAUUUCUGGAAUUUACCCUGACCCUGAUAGGCUCCUGCCCUACGGGACAAGGGGCAGGGGCUCGGACAAGGCUUACUUUGUUUAUUAUGUUAUUCAAGAUGGAAAUGACACUUACUGCUCUGAAUAGACAACAUCAACAAGGUCUAACGUAUUCUAGAACACUGACACAUUCUACAACGAGAAUUGUAUGUUUAACUUAAUUACUCAGCAAUUCAAUGUUUAAAGUAUGGAAGUGGUUAGAAUGUUCACUGAUGGGGAAACCCUCCAUUGAACAGAUAGGACAUCCUACCCUUCAUAUCAACCUGACCUAUCAUAAUGUCAAAUAUUAUUGACAAUGGAAGGAAGUUCAUAUAAUAUUUGGCAUAUAGGACAGAGCAAUAUGAACAUUUUAAAAGUAUGAAAUUCAACUAGCAUGUUAUGAUUUGUUAGUAAUUGCAACAGUUGUUUGAUUCUGUUUAUUGUAUUUUUUAUAUAUCAGAUGCCCUGGUUGUGGUGAUGCACUCACCACCCAGUGAUAGAGAUGGACACAAAUAACCAGUCAUGAACUGAACUGUACACAAAAAUGGAAACUUUUUUUAUUUAGGUAUUUUUAUUAUUUUUUAGCACAAGUUGGAAUGGCCUUAAUUUUGUUUUACUUGCUUAAAUAUUGUGUAUUGGCACAAAGUGCACAUCUUGAUUUGCUAAUUACAGUUAUGAUAAUAAUCCAAGAGUGCACUUCAGAAGAAGGAAAAAAGUUCAGCAAAUCCUUUUUAUUUUUCAUUAAAAUGUGAAAACACUGAAUAUUUUGCAUGAAUAUAAUUACAAUGGCAGAUAUUUUUGGCUUGUACAAAAAUGUGAGCAAUUUGAAGAAAAAAGGAAUGUACAAUUUCUGCUGUAAAUGUAUAUAACUAAAUAUUUAUUGAAAUAUGUCAUUAUAAGUAAUUCUAAUUACAAUUAAAGGUUUUCUGAA